AUGACAAAUACGAAAGCAAACGCUAAAGCCACCUUAAUUGCAUCCACAAAGGCAUCCACUAAAGCAAGCACUAAAGCCACCUUAAAAGCAUCCACUAAAUCAUCCACUAAAGCAAGCAGCACUAAAGCCACCUUGAAAGCAUCCACUAAAGCAUCCACUAAAGCAUCUACUAAAGCAAGCACUAAAACGAGCACGAAAGCAAACACUAACGCCACCUUAAUUGCAUCCGUUAAAGCAAACACUAAAGCCACCUCCCAAAGAAUAAAAGAAAAGAGGACAAAUAUCUCCAAAGUUCCAAAACUCCCACCAAGAACUCCCAUUCGGAUCAGAAUCAAUCGUCCGAAAUCAGACAGUCAAGUAUUUGAGGAUACUGCCAAAAGGAUCGCACUUCCAAUCGACUAUCCAAAAAGAAAUUAUGGAAACCUGACUGAAGCAUUUUUAAAAAAAUCUCAAAAGAAUGAACAACAAAAUAAUCAAAGUAGUCAACACGGAGAAGAACAAUCUCCCUUUAUGGCAACAAUCUUAGCAGUCCGAGGAAAGAAUAAAAUAGUGGAAGAGUCACAAAUAAUAGAAGAGCCCUCUCCUUUACCUUUUCAUGAAACAAUUAAGGAAGUUCAAGAUAUACAUAAGAUACCAGAAUCUCCUCCCGAAUGUAUAGAUAUUGAAUAUGAUAGAAUUAAAAGACUUUAUUAUCUGCGUGACCUACAUUUACGUUUUAUCGGACCUACGCAAGCAAUCUAUGGCCCUUAUAUUUCUUACCCACCCAAUGAAAUUAAUUACAUUACUUCCGCUAACCAUGUUCCCAUUCAUUCUACCUUCACUAAUCCCGUCACCAAUCUUCCUUCAACUCCACCUAAUAAUAAUGAAAAUAACGAAAAUAUUCCCGUUACUAAUCAUCCUUCAAUUCCACCUAAUAAUAAUGAAAAUAACGAAAAUAUUCCCGUUCCUUAUCGUUUCCAAAAUAUUUUUACUCCUAUACGAAAACCAAUUCGUGUUAUUAAGACUCCACGCACACCUGGUAGAAAACAUUUACCAUCUUAUUUAAAAUCUUUAAUUAUAGAACAACCAACUACACCUCAGCAAGUCGGAAUGCCGAGUGAUUCAUCAUCAGUACUUCAACCUGAACAUUUGGGAUCUCAAAAAUCGGAAAUCCCAAAUGUCCAGAACGUUAAACCAUCACCAACUUCCAGAAACAACAUUCCUGAUCUUAGAACAUUAGAUGGAGCUCAAUAUAAUAAUUUUAUUAUUAAUAAGAUUUCACCUGGACAUGAAAAACAAAUUGAUUUAAUUUAUCAACAAUAUAAAGGACAAUUUCCAAAAUGGUGUUCUGAGUUACAAGCAGGAUUUAAUCUUUGUUUCUAUGGUUAUGGAUCGAAGGUAACUUUAUUUGAUGAAUUUGCCGCUAAGCAUUUAAAUACUCAACCAAUAAUAAGGAUCCCCGGAUUUGAUUCGGAAUUCGAUUUUCCAGGAAUUUUUGAACUUCUUGAAGAAGUUAUUCCUGAAUUAAGAUUAUAUCAAACCAUAGAAGAGAAAAUUGUUCUAAUUAAAAAUUACUUUUCCGACGAAGAUCGUCUUCACGAGAAUUUAUUUAUACUCGUUCAUAAUCUUGAUGGACCAAUAUUUCGUGACGUUCGGAAUUUAAAUUGUCUUGCUGAACUAGCGAACAGUUCCAACAUUUGCAUUAUUGCAACUGUGGAUAAUGUUAAUUUCCCAGUUCUACUCGACCAAGAUAAAUUUAAAGAAGUAUUAUUAAUUUCAACUGAAAAUAAGAAGAUGAUGUUUAAAAUAUUGGCAAUUCAUCAAAUUGAUCAACAUCAAUUAUUUCAAUCAUCAUAUCAAUCAGGAGAAGAUGAUGGUGUUAAUAAAAUCGAAGAUGUGGGUAUGGAACGUAGUGAGUUAUAUAAAAGAUGCCAUGAAACAUUUGUUGUUAGUAGCGAGACCAAUUUCAAUAAGUUUUUGAAUGAAUUCCGUGGCCACGAGAUUAUCAAGAUAAGAAAUUCUAAUAACGGAAAAGAAAUAUGUUAUAUUCCGAUGGAAGCAGAUGAAUUGAAUAAGAUUCUAAAAACCCAAGGUCUUUUAGAUGGUGAUGGUUAA